AGCCUCCCCACUCCCUCGUCGGGCUCCGGCUUCCCCAGGGGAGGCAGGUGGUGGCUUGGGGGGGACCAUGGCCGACGUUUUCCCGGCCAACGACUCCACCGCGUCUCAGGACGUGGCCAACCGCUUCGCCCGCAAAGGGGCGCUAAGGCAGAAGAACGUGCACGAAGUCAAGGACCACAAAUUCAUCGCCCGCUUCUUCAAGCAGCCCACCUUCUGCAGCCAUUGCACUGACUUCAUCUGGGGGUUUGGGAAACAAGGUUUCCAGUGCCAAGUUUGCUGUUUUGUUGUUCACAAGAGGUGCCAUGAAUUUGUCACUUUCUCUUGUCCGGGUGCAGAUAAAGGACCUGACACUGAUGACCCCAGAAGUAAGCACAAGUUUAAAAUCCACACAUAUGGAAGCCCUACAUUUUGUGAUCACUGUGGCUCACUUCUCUAUGGACUUCUACAUCAAGGGAUGAAAUGUGACACCUGUGAUAUGAAUGUUCACAAACAAUGUGUAAUAAAUGUUCCAAGCCUAUGUGGAAUGGACCAUACAGAAAAAAGAGGGCGAAUUUAUCUGAAAGCAGAAGUCACAGCUGAAAAACUACAUGUCACAGUACGAGAUGCAAAAAACUUAAUCCCUAUGGAUCCGAAUGGACUUUCAGAUCCCUAUGUGAAGCUGAAACUUAUCCCUGACCCGAAGAAUGAAAGUAAACAAAAAACCAAAACGAUCCGCUCCACACUAAACCCACAGUGGAAUGAGUCAUUCACAUUCAAAUUAAAACCUACAGAUAAAGAUAGACGGUUAUCUGUUGAGAUCUGGGACUGGGAUCGAACAACAAGAAAUGAUUUUAUGGGUUCACUCUCAUUUGGGGUAUCGGAGCUUAUGAAGAUGCCAGCGAGUGGAUGGUAUAAGUUGCUUAAUCAAGAAGAAGGUGAAUACUACAAUGUACCCAUUCCAGAAGGGGAUGAAGAAGGAAAUAUGGAACUCAGGCAGAAGUUUGAAAAAGCCAAGCUUGGCCCUGCUGGUAACAAGGUGAUCAGUCCAUCAGAUGACAGAAAAUCCAACAUACCAUCCAACAACCUUGACAGAGUCAAACUCACAGACUUUAAUUUUCUCAUGGUCCUGGGGAAAGGUAGUUUUGGAAAGGUGAUGUUGGCUGACAGGAAGGGGACAGAAGAACUCUAUGCCAUCAAAAUUUUGAAAAAAGAUGUGGUGAUACAAGAUGAUGAUGUUGAAUGUACAAUGGUAGAAAAGAGAGUACUGGCUCUCCUAGACAAACCUCCUUUCUUAACACAACUGCACUCCUGCUUCCAGACAGUGGAUCGUCUUUAUUUUGUCAUGGAAUAUGUCAAUGGUGGAGACCUCAUGUACCACAUUCAGCAAGUAGGAAAAUUUAAGGAGCCACAAGCAGUGUUCUAUGCAGCAGAAAUUUCAAUUGGAUUAUUCUUCCUUCAUAAACAAGGGAUCAUUUAUAGAGAUUUGAAAUUAGAUAAUGUCAUGUUGGAUUCAGAAGGACAUAUCAAGAUUGCUGAUUUUGGAAUGUGCAAGGAGCAUAUGUUAGAUGGAGUCACAACCAGGACAUUCUGCGGAACUCCAGAUUACAUUGCCCCAGAGAUCAUUGCAUAUCAACCAUAUGGAAAAUCUGUGGACUGGUGGGCGUAUGGUGUCCUGUUAUAUGAAAUGUUAGCUGGACAGCCUCCCUUUGAUGGUGAAGAUGAGGAUGAACUCUUCCAGUCCAUAAUGGAACACAAUGUUUCCUAUCCAAAAUCAUUGUCCAAAGAGGCUGUUUCCAUCUGCAAAGGACUAAUGACAAAGCACCCUGCAAAACGCCUGGGCUGUGGGUCUGAGGGAGAAAGGGACAUCAGAGAACAUGCGUUUUUCAGAAGAAUUGACUGGGAGAAACUGGAGAACAGAGAGAUCCAACCACCAUUCAAACCUAAAGUGUGUGGCAAAGGAGCAGAAAAUUUCGACAAAUUCUUCACACGAGGACAGCCGGUAUUAACACCACCUGAUCAACUGGUCAUUGCUAACAUAGACCAAGCUGAUUUUGAAGGGUUCUCUUAUGUCAAUCCACAGUUUGUGCACCCAAUCUUGCAGAGUGCAGUAUGAAACUGACCAACAGGAACAAAACCCCCAAUUCCCUGGUCCCACCCACAGUGUUCCUUAAUUCCUAAAAUUUUAAGGUCUCAGUCUUGUUGCUUAUUCCACUUGGAGACCUGAAAAUUGUAGGGUUAGAAGUCUAAAUGUGAUCAACCAUUCAGGAUCUCACUUCAACCAAGAAACAUUGUCUUAGUGAAAGUUGAUAUAGUACCCAGUUUAGCCUUUUAGGAGCCACAGAUGGUUGUAUAUCACUCUUACAAAGCAAACAAAUUCUUAACCCAUUUUUGGUACGUUUUGAUAUAUUUUCUUUAACUUUCACCUGUCAAUUCUCAUCAAUAGAAUUCCUCAUUAUAGAGUUCAGGUUAGAACCCUCUCAUUAUCUGAUAGGCUGAGGAUUUCUUCAACUGAACAGUCUUUGGAAUGGUCGCAUGGAGAGCACAAAAAGGAAGCACUGUGUUGGGGGGUGGGGUGCCUCACUGAACCAGGUAUUCCCAUGGUCUUUGCUAGUUGAUGGAUAAUAAAACCUAGAAAAGACCAAGGAGGAAGAGGAGAGUACAGAUGAUGGCACAGUUGCAAGGUAAACAUUCCCAAGCAUUGGCUGUUCAUAACCCAACCACAGCCCAUCACCUCUCAGUUUUAAAAGACCAAAAAGAAAGAAAAGAAAAGAAAAUCAGACAUGUUUCAUGAAUCCAUCAUAUCAUGUCUGGCUGGUUUGAGUUAACUAGUUUUAAAUUGUAUUUCUAUUAUGAGGCCAAAUAUUUGAAGGACAAUGCUAAGGUAGCGUGUGAAAUCAUUUCAGAUCAGAAGUAAAAAUUCCAUAUUUAUGUUUGUGUUAAUCUCUGAGAGAUUAUUCUGAGAUCCAGGGUGCCAUUGUUAAUUAUGCCACUAUCCAAGAGCAUUGUCAGCCAAUCUCACAAAAGACAAUAUUUUGCUACUGACUUUAUUAACUUAGUAAGAAGCUGAGCUGUAACCCUUUUCCCCUUUUGUACUUAUUUAUUUGAUAGGCUGCAGUGUCGUUUAUGAAAGUACUAUGUACAAUAACUUAAUGAAGUAUUGAAUUAGACAGUCCGUCCCUACAGUUGGGAAACUUUAUCCUUUUGAGUUUACUUAGAGAGAAAACAAAAAAAGACUUCUUUUUCCAUUUCUGUUUCCCAUUGAAUGACUCACCUGGAGAUGUAGAAUCAGUUAGCCUGGAUUAAAAUCAGUUUCCCCCAAACAUUUAAUUUCUAGAAAGAAUUUACUAUGGUUUGCGUCUGCAUCAUGCAAUGAAUUUUGCAUGUUUAUAAUAAAUCUUAACCUAUACUGUUGAUAUAAUCAUAUGCAGUAUAAAGAGAGUAUUAUAAUAAUUUUAUAAGACACACUUUGUGUUAUAUUUGUGAAGGUUCUCAUUUCUAAGCAACUUCCCCCUUGUUUAGAUUCUAGCUUCAUGGUCUGCUGCCAUGAUUCUUUUCUCCUUCAAUGCAUCUCCUGCUGACUGUCACUGGUAUCAAGUAUAUUCAUUUUUUUUUAACAUAGAUCAGCUAUCCAAAAUGAAUGGCUACUUUACAUGAUUUAGUUGGGCUUUUGUUAUAUCUGUCUGCUUCUACUUAUAAAACACACACAUACAUAAAACAGCACAGAGAGAGAGAGAGAGAGAGAGAGAGAGAGAGAAUUUUCUAGGCCAGAAGAUGUUAUUUUUGACAUGACACACUUAUCUUCUUAAUGCAAUCAUCUCCUUGUUGGCUCAUGCACAAUAUUUCCUCUUAGAGUUGAUGAAAAGUGAUCAUUUCCGAUCUCAUAAUUUAUGCCAACUCAGGUUCUCUUUCAGCAUCUUGGUCCUCAUUUGUGUGAGUGACUUGUAGGCAAGGAAAAGGCAGAAAGGUUGCCUUCUUGGGAGGCAUGGGAAUGCCAGAAGCAUGCUGUUUGUACUGCUAUUUGUGAAACAAUUUGCUGUGUUUUUUUCUCACCAUGUAACAUGCUGUCAUGAGAACAAUAUUUGCCAUAUGAGAUUUAACACUGCAUCAGUCCCAAUAGUAAAGGGGUCCCCCAAUUGUGCCAAAAAAUAUUCCAUUCGAGAAUACAGGUUUCAUUAUGGCUACUGGUAGAAGAGCACAAAUGUUAUGAGAUCAUCCAAAAGCAAGGUAGUCAAAGGAAUUUAAAACUGUCUUGAUGACUCAAAAAUAUAUGAGCUACAGCCUCAGACACUUGACACUUACUAGCUAUGUGACCCUGGGCAAGUCACUUAACCCUCAUUGCCCUGCAAAAAAUAUAUAUACAUGAGCUAGAAGUAUCCAUUGGCUCUUGAAGAAGGUUGAUAGAUUUUCCUUUUCUUAAAGUGUUUCCCAGCCAGGUCUCUCUAUGCUUUUAUUACGCACAUACCACACACACCAUUUUUUAAAAAAAUUAAGUCCGCACAUGGCCCACUAAGAGCUCUCUGUGAUGUACUCUACCUAUAUUCCUGGGCUCUACAAUGCCUGGCAGGGGUGAAAGGACAAUCAGAAAUUAAGAAAGGCAGAGCCCCAGAAAGUGUGGUUCUAUAGCAGUCAGCUAUGGUUUCAGGCAUCUGUGCACUGAGACUUCAGAAUUCAAAAGGGACUAUGGAUUCAUACUAGAGUCUUGAUGGUCUAUGUACCACCAAGGACCAACUGUUCACAGAGUUGACUUAAUUCAAGAGUUUGAUUUAAACCCCUAGGGUGAAAACUAAUCACAAAGCAAAGAUAAAGAAGUAGUAAAGGAAGUGAUUAUCAUACAAGCUCUUAGAACCCACUAAUGGUUCCCAGGUCAUGUCACAGAGACAGCUCCUAAUUCAAGACCAUCCUUUUCAGAAAACAGAUCUAGAACCACAUUUGGAGGGGCUCUUUUGAUUCCCAUACAGAUUUCCACAUAAAUUUUUUUUAGGAAACACAGUCAGGCAUCUUAGCCUUUUUCUGUUCUUUGUUUAAUUCUUGUAGAUUUUAGAUCAGAAAAGGUACUACUAACCUAAGGGGGCAUCCCUUUGCUCUGAAUAAGAUUUUAGGCACAGCAAAUUUGCUGAAAAUGUUUUUUAAAGACCAUGAUAUAGAAGUCAAUUGGAGCAAGGUGGUUGGGGGUGGGAUUUGGCAUUAAAGAACUUAUGAUAUAUUGAAAUCUUUUGUGCUGAGGACGGAUGUUAGGGGCAGUCUUGGAAUGGCUCUUUCAGAGAAUAACUACUGAAAGCAAAGAAUUCUAUGGGCAGCUCUUAAGAAAGCUUUUACUUGGGGGCAGCUAGGUGGCACAGCGGAUAGAGCACUGACCCUGGAUUCAGGAGGACCUGAGUUCAAAUCUGGCCUCAGACACUUGACACUUACAAGCUGUGUGACCUUGGGCCCUUAUUGCCCAACCAAAAAAACAAACAAAAAAAUAAAAAUAAAAAUUUUAAAAAAGAAAGCUCUGACUUGCAAUAUCUGUUUACAAAAGAGUAUACAAGAAUUGACCAAUUUUGUGAAUUAUGUAUAAUUAUACAGUUAUUAAAAAUGUUAGAAUCAUAACAUCUCAGUUGAGCAGGCACUUUUGAGAAUAAAUUGAGUUCUUUAGAAGAUGAAUUUAAUUCAGCAAACAUUUAUUAAACCCCUACUUUAUGCCAGUUAAGUACUAUAGACAUAAGUCAUAUAUAAGAUGGCAUCUGCCCUCAAAGAGUUCACAAUCAAUGCCCCCUUGAAAGAAAUGAUUACCCCAUGCCAAUGAUUGGUGCAAUAGUAACUUGUACAGCCCAGUAAAUUACCACUGGGAAUGUCAUAUCUACCUGGUAGGCUCUGACUCAUUAUUUUUCUCUCAGAAACCAAAUGCCUUAGGAAAAUUUAAAAGCUAUCCAUACUGCUUAGCAUGGUUUCUCCCAGACACUAUUUGGUUUGGGUUUUUUGGUUUUUUGUUUUUUGUUUUUUUAGUGAGGCAAUUGGGGUUACACAGCUAGUAAGCGUUAAGUGUCUGAGGCUGGAUUCCCAGACACUAUUGAAUAGCUAUAAACCUUAAGAAGUUUAAUUCUGGGAUCCUGCCAUUUUUUUCUCCUGACUUCUCUUCAUGAAAGUUAAUGAGUGUUUGGACCAAGUAAAAAUUACACAAUGAAUCCUAGGUUUUAGUGGCAGGCUCAAAUCAAAUGAGAAAAUGAAAAUUGAAACAAAAAAUAAUAAAAGACAUAUAAAUAAACCAUUAAUAUGAAAUUCUUUUUUCUUGGUGCCUUUAUUCCUCAAUCCCUGUAUAAUACUUAAUGCAAAAUCUAAAAAGACCUUUUAGAUUGGACUUACUAUUUAAAUUAGCCAUUUAGAAGAACAUAAUGUCAUAACUGUUCAAGAAAACUGUUCAAAGAAUAUGAGAGACUGAGUGAUCAAAUUCAAUUAGACUGCAAGAGUAUUUGUUGAGUGUCAGCCAUAUAUUUCUCAUGCGCAGCAGUAAGGGACUCCAGAAUCUUCCAAGAACACCAGUCUAAGUAGAAGAAGGGGAGUCCCCCAUGUAAAAAGUGACAAGACAAAGAGAGUGUAGGACUUCAAAUGAAAAUGAGAGAUAAGUACUCUGGGAAUUCAAAGACCAGAGACAUCAGUGAUGGUAAGAUGGUCAUUGCUGAGGAGUUGAAAUUUGAAAUGGACCCUAAAGGAUUAGUAUAUUUACUAUUUGGCAUUUUAAGGAAGAAGCUCCAUCUGUUUUAAGUAAACAUUAGCUGACCUUCAUCAGUGCAAAUGUGGGAUUCUAAUACUGCCCCAGAAAGCACUUUUGCUCUUACUCAACACUGCCCCCCCCCCCCAAAAAAAAACCCUAUUGACAGGGAAAGGGUCUUUUUUCUCCUUAUGUAGGGAAAAUGUCUCACAUGCUAUUAAUCAUGUCUCUAUCAUGGCCUUCCCUCCAAACUUUCUAAUUUAAAAUCAUGGUUAUUUCUCUUUGUGAACUAGGACAAGAGUUUCAAUAGGUAUAGAUCAGACAUCAGUGGGACCCUUCCUGUUUUUGUCCCUCUUUACUGUGGCUUCCUGCAGAGAGCCUUUACAGUUAAACCCAGGUGGGAAAGUCCUAAAUUCACCUAACCAGUCCUGCAAAUCUUGUUUUAAUUCACCUUAGAAAUACACACACACACACACACACACACACACACACACACACGCAUAAUUUUCAUUCAUUUUUUUCUCUAUUCCUACCAAAAUAAAAGGUGUAAUUGUAUGGUUUUUCUAUAUAGCCUCAGGAAGGCAAAUAAUUAAUCUCAUCUGGCAGUGUGGUUUUCCUACUUCAAUCUUAUAUACAUUCUGUGAACAGGUCAUUUUAAUAUUGGUUAAUUUUAUUAUUGCUGAUAUCAGAAAGAUCAAGGGUGCUAGUUUCCCUAGCUAAGGCAUCUCUUUCACAGUCAUAGAAAUGAAAGUGAAGGCCUGGACACUGAAAGGAGACAAAAUGGUUUCCAAGCCCAGUACAAUGGUGCCAUGGAAGUCACCUAGUAGUAGUGGUAAGGACAGAAAGUCAAGGAAAAAGGGACAGGAUUUGGUUCUUAGUGGCUGUAUACUAACUCCCCAAUGAAUUCCAAGGAAUACCACUUCCUUCUCUCUCUCUCUCUUUUUUUUUUUAAUCACUGAUAUAUUUCUUCUGGGCCAGUCAUAACUAAUUGUGAGAUGUUCUCUUUGCCUUCCUGGUGACUUUGGAGGAGAAAAGGGAAACUUGGUCUUGUGACAUAAUGCUUAAAAGGAGAAAACUAUUAAGAGCAUAUGUGAAUGAGGAUAAUCUUAAAGAAGUUAUUGAGUGUGGUUUGUGAAAUUCCAUAAUGCCAGACACUUUGUAGGGGGGAGGAAUUGAAACUUUGAAAUGAACUCUGACAUCAGUAUAUCUUGUCUAUGUGAUUUUGUAACUGUUAACAACUGUUUCAGUAAAACUCAACACUCUAAGGGCCUUACAAUAACCCGGCACUAAAGUGCAAAAUGUUCAGAAGAAUUUUUUAGCCUUCAAGAAAAAAAUCAAUUUAUUAAAUUGACAUGGGAUGGCUGCAUAUACUGGGCUGUUUGUACUUUUUUAUAUACAACUUUAAUAGCUAAUUCUGCUAAGACCAUUUUUUUAGAAAAUACCAUCACUGACAAUGUUUCAUAAAAAUAAGCACACAGACCCUGGAGGAAGACUUAGCUGUUGUCAUCCAGAAUUCCAAUGGUAUGAAAUGGCAUCUGUGGAAUACAGUUGCACUAUUUUUUUUAAACUUCUCUGGGGAUUUGUGCCAUUUGAAAACAUUGGAAGUCCUGGUGGGUUUCGUUAGUAGCCCAAACCCCUCUGUAGCCAUUGAAGAGAUACUGAAGAUAAAAUACGGAAAAUCCAGGAACAAUUGUCUUACAGGAAAGAUGCACUUAUUUUAUUAUUUCAAUUGGAGACUUGUAGUCAAUCAUAAGUCAUGUGAUUUCCCUGAGCCUCCUGGGCAGUUUUCCUUGGACAUGCAUAGAUGUCUACACUGCUAGUUUCAGUGUGAGCCCUUACCUUGCCUUGCCUUGCUUAUUUCUAUCCCCACAGAUUCAAUACACCCUCUUCCCCAUGUUCAGAAACAUUUCUAUGUAAUUUCCAUGAGAAAGAAUGAGCAGCAUACCUGCCCAUGGGCAUUGUUUUUUACAUAACUGAUAGUGUAGACAAGAACUGAUUUUCAGAAAAACAUGCAUUAAUUAGACUUAAUUAGAACUCUUUCUAAAAUAAGCCAAGAAAAAUUGGAUGCUGCAUUUUUCUGGUUAACAAUUUUGCAGAAAUCAACUUUGUUUGCAUCAUGUCCCUUUAAGAGUAUGUCUGUAGAUAAUCAAUGAUUUGUGGGGUGUUUUUUUUUCCUUUCUGGAAGAAUUUGGUUCUUUUCCUGGGGAUUAGGAAUGGGAGAGGUGAUAAUAAACUUCAAACCAGUUGAAAUGGAGGCAGUGAUUCCUCUGGGUCUAAAUAUUUUGCUAAAAAUUCAAAUCUUGAUCUUUGUUUUAGAAUCUUUUUAGCAAAAGACUCACUUUUUUGGGCAGUUGCAACAUUGCCUUUGUGAUGUUACUUUUUUAACUAAAAAAAAAAAAGCCACUCAAGAAGUACUAAUCCUGCAAAUUACCAGAAGAUCCCCAAAUUUAUAUUUCUAAGAAGGAAGUUGUUUUAUUUUAUAAGUAAACAACUACUAAGAAACGUAAAGGCCAUUUGAAUGUCAAACAUCUGGAAUAAAAAAAAACAAGAAUGAUGUAUAAAUUACUGGCAUUGGUUUUCUUACUUCUUAAAACCUUUACUCCUUGUUUGCAUGAUCCGCUUUGUUAAAUAUACUAAUUGUAGUUUGAAAGCAAGUGUGUAUGAAUAAAGAUAAUGAUCAUU